ACUAAAGAAAAGGUGAAGAUAAACUGGAUUAGUUAUUUAACUAACAGAAAGUGAAAGAGAAACUACCAAGUUGCUAAGUAACAGUCGCGUGAUGAACAUAACGAUAGAGUUGGCGGGAGGAGCGGAACUGUUGUUCGGAAACAAGCGUAAACACGAGAUAACAUUACCAGAAGAGGAGAAAGCCUGGACCAUGGGUACCCUGAUACCCUGGAUCAGAGAUAACCUGCUGCAGGAACGAAGUGAACUGUUUAUGCAGGGUAAAACAGUGAGACCGGGUAUUUUAGUACUUGUUAACGAUGCUGAUUGGGAGUUAUCAGGGGAGUUGGAGUAUGUGAUUGAGAAUAAAGAUAAUAUCAUGUUUAUAUCUACCUUACACGGCGGCUGAGGACGGGGAAUUUUAAGAAACUACUGUUCCGUUGGAAGAUAAUAUUAUAUUGUGCAAAAUUGCUAGUUUUAACUUUUAUUUAUUGAAUUUUUAAAGUUUUAA